GUCGAGAGGAGAGCCGGGUCCGACACAGAAGCAGAUUUCUGUCCCCUGGAACCAGGAUGAUGGACGGAUUAUCCUUUUAACCCCCCUGAUAUUCUCUAAACUCCAGUAAAACCCGCUCCUCCUCCGCCAUGGGUCCGAGCUGCAGAGCCGCGGUCCUGCUGCUCCUCACCUGCGCGUUUUUCACUCUUCCUCGCCGCUCCGGAGCAGAAAUCCCCCCGAAACCGAGCGUCCCGACCCACCAUGUGACCAUCCUGCCCCCGGUGCAGCCGGACAGCGGCCCCCAGGCCUAUCCCGAGGAGCAGAAGGACAACCUGCCCGUGUUCACCAUGGACUACCCGCGGAUCCAGAUCCCCUUCGAGAUCACGCUGUGGAUGCUGCUGGCCUCCUUCUCCAAGAUCGGUUUCCACGUGUACCACAAGAUCACGGUGUGGGUGCCGGAGUCCUGCCUGCUCAUCAGCAUCGGCCUGAUCGUGGGGGGAAUCAUGCACUCGGUGCACGAGGAGCCGCCGGCCGUCCUCACCACCAACGUCUUCUUCCUGUACAUGCUGCCCCCCAUCGUGCUGGACUCGGGCUACUUCAUGCCCACCAGGCCCUUCUUCGAGAACAUCGGCACGGUGCUGUGGUUUGCGGUGGUGGGAACUCUCUGGAACAGCAUCGGCAUCGGCAUGUCCCUGUUCGCCAUCUGCCAGAUCGAGGCCUUCGACGUGCAGGACAUCAACCUGCAGGAGAACCUGCUGUUCGCCGCCAUCAUCUCGGCCGUGGACCCGGUGGCCGUGCUCAGCGUGUUCGAGGACGUGUCCGUCAACGAGCAGCUCUACAUCGUGGUGUUCGGGGAAUGUCUGUUCAACGACGCCGUCACAGUGGUUUUGUACAACAUGUUCAGCUUCGUGGCGGAGAUGCCGGUGGUGGAGCCCACGGACGUGUUCCUGGGCGUGGCCCGGUUCUUCGUGGUGGGCCUGGGCGGGAUGGGCUUCGGCGUCCUGUUCGGCUUCGUGGCCGCCUUCACCACCAGGUUCACGUCCCGGGUCCGGGAGAUCGAGCCGCUCUUCAUCUUCAUGUACAGCUACCUGGCCUACCUGGUGGCCGAGCUCUUCGCCAUCUCCUCCAUCAUGGCCAUCGUCACCUGCGCCCUCACCAUGAAGUAUUACGUGGAGGAGAACGUCUCCCAGCGUUCCUGCACGACCAUCCGGCACGUGGUGAAGAUGCUCGGCUCCAUCGCAGAAACCCUCAUCUUCUUCUUCCUGGGCGUGGUCGCCAUAACGACGGAGCACGAGUGGAACUGGGCCUACAUCGUCUUCACGCUGCUGUUCGCUUUCCUGUGGAGAGGUUUGGGCGUGCUGGUUCUGACCCAGAUCAUCAACCCGUUCCGCACCACCCCCUUCAACAUGAAGGACCAGUUCGGUCUGGCCUACGGCGGUCUGCGUGGGGCCAUCUCUUUCGCCCUGGCAUUCACCCUCCCCGACACCAUCGCCCGCAAGCAGCUGUUCGUCACCGCCACCAUCGUCAUCAUCUUCUUCACUGUCUUCCUCCAGGGCAUCAGCAUCCGGCCUCUGAUCGAGUUCAUCAACGUGCGCAGAACGACCCGCAAGUUCGGCACCAUCAGCGUGGAGAUUCAUAGCAGGCUCAUGGAGCACACCAUGGCGGGUAUCGAGGACCUCUGUGGACAGUGGAGCCACUUCUACUGGAAGGACAAGUUCAUGAAGUUCAACAACCGGAUCCUGCGGCGGAUCCUGCUGCGGGACACCAGGCAGGAGUCCAGCAUCGUGGCUCUGUACAAGAAGCUGGAGCUGCAGAACGCCAUGGAGAUCCUGGACUCGGUGUCCGGAGACAUCAGCGCCGCGCCGUCCGUCGUCUCGCUGCGGGAGGAAAAGAAGAAACCGAAAAAGACCUUCCUGGCUGCAGAUCUGAGGAACAUGCACAACGUCCUCUCCAAGAACAUGUACAAGAUCAGGCAGCGGACGGUGGCGUACACGGGGAAGCACACGCUGCCCAACGACAGCCAGUCCAAGGAGAUUCUGAUCAGACGACACGCCAGCAUCCGCCGGAGCCUGAGACCCGGCAGCUUUCAGUCGUCUCAGAUGGUUCCCAAGUCCCAGAAAUACUUCUCCCUCCCCGGUGGAAAGAACGUGGAGUCCAAGUUUCCUCCGUCAAGGCUGAACUACGAAGACGACCUGGAAACCAUGUCGGAGACGGCGUUUCCUCCCCGACGCUCCCGCUUCGGCGCGCCGCGCCGCUCCUCCUCCACGGCCAUGACGCCCCUGCGGCGGCUGGGAACCCUGAGGGAAGCGGCCGCCUCCGGGGACGUCUUCACGGGGCCCGCCAGGGGCCGCGGCCUUCCCCGGACCGACUCGUCCUACAGCGACUCCCGAGUGCCGGCGCCGCGUCGCUACGUCGACGACGACGAGGGGAGAGAUGGACGACAUGAGGACGAGGAUCGGCAUCAGCCGCCGUCCUCUGCUCCACCCACGGACGACCCGCUACGCAACCCCCUGCUCAGACGGCCCCAGUGGAACCUGAAGAAGUAGGAGUCCCCGGGUCUGACGGCAGCUGGACUGCCACGACCUUUGACUCAGGUCACCGAACUCUGAGAGCGGGAACUCCCGAGAGC